UUAUGUAUCACUUUUAAGAGCAACAUUUUCUUGAUUUCCAUUCAUUUCGUUUUUCAAGACAUCCAUGAGUUCCUCGGUUAGCCGCCGCAUUAUUAAAGUCGGAUCAAGUGCGAGUAAAAAAUUCACCAUUCGAUCCGAAGAUGUCAUUGCAUUCGGAAAUAUUAUCGAGGAUCAUAAUCCCAUUCAUUCCGACUCAGAUGCUGCAAAGGCUGCCGGCUUUCCGCGGACUAUAUGUCAUGGGAUGUUUGCCGGAUCUCUGUUUUCAGGACUCAUGGCGACAGAGAUCCCAGGACCAAACACCAUUUAUCUCUCACAAAAUCUAAACUUCAAGGCUCCUAUUUUUGUUGGUGACGAAGUAGAGGUUUCCGUUGAGGUGACUCAAUUUCGACGUAGCAAGGGACUUGUGGCGAUGCGAACUGUUAUACAAAAAGAGGAUUUGCAAACAGGAAGGCAGGUUGUUUGUAUCGAGGGGACUGCACUAGGGUUGAACAAGGAAGCCGAAUUCGAAGGAGAAAGUGAGUGGAAGUUUUCCAAAUGAUGUUUUAAUAAAAAAAACCCCUCUAUCACCAUUGGUACUAACUUUUUAAAUCUUAUUCUUUAUAUUUGGAAGCUAUGUAGGGGCCAAAUAGUCUAAGAAAAACACAGAGAUGUCCAAAAAGUAGCAAUAUGUACAGUUAUAUCUGUAGUACAGUUGUUACUCUAUAUCUUUUUUUUCCAUUUUAUUUUAAA